AUGUCAAAGUUUCGGUCUUUGGAUUUUGAUCUAGAUUUUACUCAAACUGUUGAUGGAGGUUCUUCGGUUAUGGUUAAUUCCUUAGAUAUGCAGAGCUUUAUCCUCCGAGCUAGAGUGCUUAAACUUUACAGGAAAGCAUUGAAGAUAGCUCAUAGAGCUCCUCCUCAGGCUAGAGGGGAAUUGAAACCGAGUAUAAGGCAAGAGAUGGAAAAGAACAGUGAGUGCAAGGACAAGCAAAAGAUCAGGUAUCUGAUUAGUGAAGGCUUAGAGAGGAUUAAACAACUUGAUGAGAAGUUGGACAUGCAAGGCCAUUGA